UGAACCUGAGCUUGGGCGAGUUCUUCCAUACUCAUCUAUUUGGACCAAUGUCUCUGAGUCAUAUAUUCCUUGGCGCACACGAUCCGAAGUACAAGUCUAGCGGGCUCCGUGUUGCUGACGGUUACUACUAUAAGAACAGCACCGAUGAGUUCAUUAAGCAGCCCUUGGAUGAUCAAUCAGCAGACGAAGGGGCUGGUGCCAUCAUAUCUAGUGUUCUAGAUUAUGCCAAGUACCUUCGCAUCAUGAUGACCGAGGCAGGCCCGCUUUCGAAAGAUGGCCACAGCGAGUUGAGAACACCAAGAAGCUCCAACGCCGCUCAAAACCACCAUUUGUAGGGCUCACUACACGUUUCGCAGGUUCGGAAAGCGGCAUCUUCCAGAACGAGCAAGUAUGGUCUCACAGUGGCUGGGUGACCGUCUUUCGUACAGAGACGCUCAUGAUUCCAUCAAAGAAUAUUGGGAUUGUGGCAGUAGAAAACUACCCAGUUGACGUAGUCGAAAUUAUCAAAUACCGAAUCCUCUACGACUUAUUUGAUAUAUCUCAGGAAGAACGAUUUGAUCAUGAAGCAGCGUGAGUAGACCAUCAACUCGGGUAGUUCUUGCUAGCAAC